AUGCCUCUGGCCUGGACUCUCCUGCUGCUCUGGGGCCUGGGCGGCCCCGGCAGCUGGGGCUGUCUGCAGUGUGACCCCUCGGUGGUGGAUGCCCUGAGCCAGCUGCGCCGGGCUCUCAUCCCCAAGCACUUCCACCAGGAGCAGCUGCGGGACCGCGCUGAGGCCCUGCUGCUGGGCAUGGAGGGUCCCUUCUUCCGGGACUAUGCAUUCAAUGCCUUCGUGGGGAACGUGGGGAUGCAGCAGCUGAAGGAAGUGGCCAGCUUCGUCAAGAAUCAAAUGCAACACUUGAUGGUGACUGCCCUGGAAGGCGAGCUGCUUCUUGAUGAGCUGGUGAAGCUGAGAGAGAUCAUGCUGAAGGAACUCAAGAAGGCCUUGCGCUCGUACGAACUGAAAGCCUGUGAUCGCAUAGUUUGCCGCCUGUUAAAAGAAGAGGUCAUGGACUGUUUGCGUUGCCAGAAAACGGUUACCAAAUGUAUCAAGAGAAAACAAUGCUUCGUCGAUGGGCAGCCGCGCAUGGCCCUGCACUAUGAGACGGACACUGGGUACCCGAGGAGCCAGGCCCUGGUGGGCAUCGUGGUUUCAGUGUCGCUCGCAGUCCUUGUCUUCUCGGUCAUCCUCAUCUCGGCCUGCACGUACAGGUGGAACCGAAAAUUGCUGCUGCGUUAGGCCUGCGGUCUGCCGGCUUUGUAAGCGGAAAGGAAAUGUUUAAUAAAGUCUGUGAUUA